UUUUUGUAUCGGAACCUGUUAUUUCUUUGUAUGCAAGCGUGGUAGCCACAUGCCGCCACACACCAUGAACCAUCAUCAAAACUGUCGGACUGCUCGACGGGGCAUGCCGGCGCCAGCGGGCCAGGUACAGCUACCACCGGCCAAACCACGUACCACUCAGGAGGAUCUGGAAAGACUGAUCAACACAUUAAAUAGUCUCCAGAUGUCGGGCUGGUAUCAUGGUGCCAUGACAUACCGUGAAGCUAAACUCAAGCUAAAAAGCUGCUCAAAUGGGACCUUUUUGGUCCGGGACAGUUCUGAUGAUCGUUACCUCUACACGCUUAGCGUCAAGACGCCGCGAGGGACAACCAGCGUUAGGAUAGAAUAUGAAGAUGGACUAUUUAUGCUCGACUCUGAGGAAUCCCUUCGCAGAUCCGUGCCAAGCUUCGAUUGUGUCAUCAAACUAUUACAGUACUACAUGAGGAUGAGCCGGGAGAAAAAUUUUGUGGACGCUAACGGGAACGGCUCAACCAUUAAACCAAAAACGAGAUCGGGACAGUUAGUUUGGCUUGAGCCAUCGGGCCGAAAGGACACCGAGGCCCAAAUCAUCAAACCACUCACCUCUAAAGUGCCCAGUCUGCAGCAUUUAUGUCGCUGUACCGUCAACAAAACUGUAGAACCAAGAUAUGUUAAUGAUCUAUGUAUACCACGUACACUCAAGAAAUAUGUUCAGGCAUACCCAUUCAGUCUAUGAUACAUGUUUUUAUCCAUCUGGGAUAUAGACGAUGUAGCCAAAACUUAAAAUAAUUUUAAUGAUUGUGACUCGGAUUACGUGGUACAUUUCGGAGGGCAGGAAUGCGCCUAUUUCCCCGAGGAAGGUAAAGAGACACUCGACAUAAAAACACAUUUAAUUUGCAUCGAUCCUCAUUCCACUUCGUCAUAAAUGUGAAACACUCGUCCUUAUUUUAAAGCAGCUAUUGUGUCAAAGUUAGGCAGACUAUAUAAUACAUGAAUCAACUUGUGACUGGAGAAAAAUGGAACCUGCAAACAACAUGCAAUGCCACACGUGUUUUCACCUAAAUAAUUUAACUGCAUAUCUUUACGAUUACGGGAAGCAAUUUUAAUCUGGAAAUGUGUUUUAAGAAUUGAAAGAAACUAGAAACGGAUAUUUUUCGUGAUGGUCAUCUCAACGUAACAUUUCAGACGCAUACCUCAUUCACUUUCCACAUGUUGAUGACACGGAAAGUUAUAAAUUAUCAACAUUUUUGCAUUGUGAUCCCUCACCAUUUCUGGAUUUUACCACAUCUUAUGAGAUCAUAAUGACUACCCGUCUUUCCUGUGAAUGCUUGAUUACUCAAAAGAUUCCCUGAACCUUGGCCCACUACCCGUACACAAAGGAUUUUCCUUCACUCCCUCCAAGACUCUUUUUCUCUUUUGUUUAAACCACGUCCUGCUUGGAAGUGUAUCACCUACACCGUGUGGUAAUUUUCAUGGAAAACAGUCCGAGCCUGAUCCGCAGCGGUUUUUCUCUGCAACCAUUGUCGGUAUUCAUUGUGGGCGACGAUUUGACCACAACCCUACGUAGUUCUAUUCUUCAAGAAGGCGAGGAAAUGACCACAGACUGACCCUAUGCCCUGUGUGCGCUUGUGCUUCAUCACAUUCUCUCCGCCUCGAUUCUCUCUCACUUUCAAACUGUACUCGUAGCGUAGUUGACCUGAAGAGGAAGAAAGGGUUAUACAGAAGGAAAUGCCAUUGUGUUGUAUCCGGCGUUUGAUAUCACCACUUCCCAACUCAUUUUCCUCCCUUUUCAAGAGUUCAUACAGAGUUCAAUAGUGAAAUCUACCUUGCAUUUAUUAAUUAUUAACGUAAUUUUUCGUCAUUCAAAAUGGCAGUGUUUAAUAAUAAUUUUUUACUCCCCAUGAAAAGAAUAUAAAACUGAAUUGGCAUUUUGAAAGAAUUGUUGAUGCUUAUAUCGGACCGACGGGUCAUGUGUCAGGCAAAACUGUGCCCUUGGCAUGACCCUAGCCGUUAGGCCCAUAAGGAAUUAUCAUCAUAAUAUUAUAAUAUUGAAUUUCUCUCACCCUCAAGAUAUGAAGGCAAGUUGUAGUAUUUUUUGGUAGGAUAACUUGUUCGCUGUGCUCACAGAGAAACAUUAAUUGUGAAUUCAGCCAAAUAUGGUGUCGGCGUAUUACGAUGCAAUACUAUGGCUUUUAAUAGAUUGUACCCUGAAAUUGGACAAUUUCCUUCAAAAUUACAAGCACUGCAAAUACUGUGAAUCUAUUUUAUUUUACCACAAGAGAGGCUUUGGCAAUUGACAGUUUUGUGAACAUUACAUGCCAUUUUUAUUACCUUUGUAAAUCGUGAGUAAGUCCAAAUUGAGUCUUCAUUAUUUACUUUAGUAAGAAAUAACUUCAAAUCGAAAUAUCCAUGUGAUAGCGGAUAUUGCGGAUGUGGUUCUCAAUUGUAUUGGCCAUACGAACAACGAGAAAGGAAGCACAUUCGUGUUGUCAAUAAUUGUUCGACUUGUUACAAAUUCAGUUUUGUCUGACCGAGUAUGCAUAAUGAUUUUAUUUGUAAUGGCGGAGAAAAUCGUUUGCCGAUAUUGAUUUGGGUUACAUAAUAGCCGAUGCUUUGUAUUGGAAUGUUUGACACUCUCCUUCAAUAUUCUCUUUGGUACUAUACCUUUACAUUAUCAUUACGGAGAAUUUGGUAGAAGUUUUAUUUGGCUCGUUGAAACGUCCUUUUCUCCCUUAUUUGAUGAAAAAUUGUCACUGACGCAAUUAUACCUAACCACUUGAUUAAGUUCUGCAAUUAUUUUGGUAAAGUAAGGAAAAAGUUAUAAGCAUGAGUCAUCAGGUAGUUUGCCCGAACGGCCAUCGGAGGAACCCGCCUUUGACCACUACAAGUAACCAUUGUCUGUACGAUAGGGUUGACCAAGCGUGAGGCACUUUCGAUCUUGUGAUGUAUGUACUCCAGUGUCCUACGUAAUUUUAAUUUUUUAUUGAAUCACGAAGGCCCCUGAGCUGACCUAUACUUUGACAAUUUCAAAUGACUCGAUCAAUUAGUCAUUAGCCUUGUCGAUUCGUGUUAAAGUUACUUACAGUCCAAAGCGUGGUCAUUAUUAAUGACAAGGAUCUGCAUUACUAUGCAUGUAUUUUGUGCUGUUGGCUUGGUAGGCCUGUAUCAAACGUCAAAUAUUGUGCAUACAGAUCACGAGUGGUCAAUCUUUAGGUUUGCAAAUGUAUACGUGUACUUUACCACAACGAUCCUGUUUACUUAAAAACCGCUAUUCAUCCGCGACAAUAACCCAAGUUCCAGGAAUCCGCCGCUUAAUAAUAGACCAGGAGAGGGAUAGGUAAAUGCAGUAGAGGUUAUUUAACAUACACCGUACCUUUGUGAAGAGAUAAAUCAGAUGUGCGGCUGUGUACUGUUUGUGUGUGCUGUAUACGAGUCAGUGUCACUACUCCUUUCUGUGAAUGCAAUGUGGGCAGUGUACACAACCCACCCAAGCACACAUUACAUGCAUAUAUUAUGUAUACGACAGAGAAAGCCUAUAUAGACACGGCAAGGGCCUAGCAAAUCUUACUCUUAGGUACCUGUACAUGUAUUUAGAAUUGCCAAAAUAUUUCGGUGUUACUCAGGACAUUCAACAUUAAACGCCUGCUUAAUAUCAAUUAACCGCCACAUUUCCUUGCCUCCAAAAACGCGAUAUUUUAUUUUUCUAAGGUUCUGAUAACACAUAUUUCACAGUAGCGAGAUAUGUGGUCCGAUAUUUUCACUCAACAGUGCUUUUGCGCCAUUAGAUAUUCCCCGUAUUUAAAGUCAGUUUUUCAAAAGGAUCAUCAUUUAUUUUGACACAACGAUUAUGAUAAUAAGUUACCUCAUUGGAUGUUACAUUUAAAAAACGGUAUUACCGAGGCUGCAAUCUAAGUUUUUGACUCUUUGGAACAACGGAAAUGUUCGCACUUAUUACUGUUGUAAUGUGGCAUUAUCUUCCUAAACAUUCCCAAAAUCAACGUCAUCACCCUGUCUGCAUAUAAUUUUCGACAUAAAUAUUGUGCCAAUCAGUUAUAUUAACGAUUUUAAAUUAUUGAUAUAAACCUAUAAUGACAUGGUGGCUGUAAAUGUUAAAGAAUGAUAAUACCAUAAUAUUGGCUUUUGAAGUCAAUAUUUAUUACAUGUCAAGUCAAGAAGAAGUCAACUGUUCAUUGUCAUCCCCAUACUCGUAUCAAGCAGGCCUAGUUAUUAUUUUACUAUGUAAUACAUGAUGUGGCCGGUAACGUAUGGGAUACAUACCAUGGACUUGCCUUGAUGCUUCGGUAGAUCAAUCUUUGCAAAUAAUAACAAUUUGUAGGUACAACUGAAUAUGUGACAAAGGAAUAGAUAACUGUUGACUCCACUUUCCCUCGUAAAUUGCAAUUUAAGUCCCAGACAUAGGUAUUUCAUUUCUUGUUAAUUGUAAGACUUAAACUGGGGGUACAUUAAAUUGGAGGGUCAAAUUCCCUUCUUUUUUUCAUGAAAGGCUUGGCUCGCGCCAUGGUGUACGGGUCACUUUGGGUCAUUGCUUGGCAAAUUCUGGGAUUAUGAUACGAUCUACCUGCUUGAAAACAGGGAAAAAGUAUAUUAAAUUUCAUUUUUAAGGCUUUCAUUUUGAGGGUCAGAAGUUUUGGGAGGUCAUGCGAAAAAUGGCUCAAUGCAUUACAUGUGUAUAUGAGUUCUGAACAGCACUAUAACGGGGUGAGGGAAUUGAAUAGAGUCGAACAUUUCAGUAUCUGCAUUAUCCCAGAUACAUUAUGAUAAGUGUUAACAUGAUGUGGUUAUGGUGGGAUUAAAAAAAAACAUGUUGGACAAUAUUUCUUUUUCAAUUAUAAUUGGAUAAUCUUGGACAUAAAUAGAGAAAAUGACACAUGAAUAUGCUUAUUAUUAAUUGAAGGACUUAAUGUUUCUUUUAGUCCUGGUGUCCACAUCCUACAAUAUCAUUGGACACGUGACGGGAUGUGUAAGUUAUGUAAAUUUCAUGUCACAUGUGUACUCCAUUUAAAAAGAGAAAAAAUGAAAAUAGGCCUAUCUGAAUGAGGCGUGUCAAUGUGCUAUAAAACCGUGUAAUGGGAUGUGAACAAACCUGUUGGUUUAUUAUGUGUCACUUUAAUAUAUACUAUAAAAAAUGAAUAGUAAAUAUAUAUAUUGAACAUGCUUUCGAAAGCAGGUUCAGUUCUAAUUUUGUUAUGAAAGCCUUCAAGUGCAAUAUGCUAUAUAUUUUGAAUACUUGUGUUUUGAUAUUUUUGUCUAUGUCAUGCACUGUACAUGUAGUAAUAAAAAGAAUCUAAUGAAAUGUGAAACAAAGUAUGUACUUGCGUUUAUUUCGUGUGAUGAUUUUUUUUUUAAUUGAUUAUUUGAGUCUUCACUAUUUUAUCACCAUGUCGGCUUGCGAUGUGAUGGGAUACAUGACUUGUAUUGCCUUUAAUUUUUGUUAGAUAAUCUUCGAAAGGAGAUCCUCGUAUAUUAAGGCCCAGGUAUUACGUGAAUUGGUGUGCAGUAUGCGAUCGCCUUUUGGAGAUUCGAGCGUUAUCAGACCAUAAUAUUGUAUUAGUGCAAUUUACUUUGUUAAUGUAAUAUAGUAAGUUAGGAUAUAUUUCCCAUUUAGUGGCUAUGCGGGUGGUCAUUGUGGUUUUGUGUGGGAUUUGUAUUCACACUCAAGUCAACACUGUCUACAUAUUUAUUUAUAAAUUUGUCUAUAAUAUUACAUGA